AUGCCGGGCCCUGGCGGCGACCCUGGCCCCGGCGGCCCCGGCGGGCCUGGGGACAUGCCGCCGAUGGGAGGCGACAUGGGCGGCAGGGCGCCCCCUGACGGCGGCGGCUCCGGCCCGGGAGCGCCCGGCCCCGGCAGCAGCCCCAGCGGCCCCAGCGGCGGCGGAAGCUCCCCGCCCAGCGGCGGCGGGACCAACGGACCCGACACCGGCGGCGGUCCCGGAUCCGGGCCGACGUCGCCAGAAGGCUCGUGUGUGCCAUGUACAAGGAGGAGGCUGGAAGUCUCGGAGGAAGCCUCUGGCGCGGUGCUCUCAACUUUGCUGCGGCGCCUGAAAGGGAGCCCGGCAAAGCGCUUUAGGCGCUUACAAGGAAACUGCUGCCCCGUUCAGCCGGGCGAGCAGCCUUCGGCUGGGCAGUUGCAGGCAAUGGCGCAGACGACGACGCAGAACCAGCCCCUGGAAACUGGCAGCAAGGUGAACGCUUGCUCCUUCACGGAGUUCUUUGACACGACGCUCCGGGAAUGCGUCAAAGGAAGAUGCCGCACGCCUUAUACCAGGCCGGACAAAGAUCGCUUCUGCACGCCCAUCUCCGAGGAGGAGAAAGCAGCCAUCGACCCCACCGCGUCCGUCACAGAUUCCCUGCGGCUCAUGGGAUUGCCUGCUGGCUACGACAUGGACCAGAUCUUGAAUGGGGGCCAAGCGCGGGCGCGCUUCGAGAACGAGUUUGCCAAGGAGCUGGCCACACAACUGGACAUCGUGCCGUCCAUGAUCGUGGUGAAGGACAUCUCCGAAGGCUCCGUCAUCGUGAAUUUCAGGAUCGAUGCGCCAGAGACUGCGAACGAGGGCAUGGUGCCGGCGGUGGUGCAGAUGAGCCUAGCCUCCGUGCGCCAGAACCUGGACGCGCUGGCGUCGGACGGGAGCCUCCUUAGCAACACGGACACCUCGCACGGUGUAUCGGCACCCAGCACCACUGCGCGAGCGCAGCAGUACUCCAAUGAGGAGGCGUUGAUGCAGGCCUUUAAUGGCGAAGCGCUCGAGAAGGUGCCGCUGAGGAGCGUGGAGACCCCUGAGAUCUUCAGCCUUUCGCCCAUCGGCAUAGGUGGUCGCUCCAAGCCCAACGAGUACCUGCCAAGGAGCCGCGCAGCGGAAACGCAGGAUGAGAAGUGGACGUCCCCAGAGAAGGUGGACAUCGACUUCGCGAUUUUCAUCACGCCCACCCAUAACAAGGACCCGGUCCUGGCGAUGUGGGCGCGCGACGGGUCCUCCGGCUACGGCGGGAACUUCUUGGCCAACUCGCCGGACCGUGGGCUGUGGGGCGCUCGCGGUCUGAUGAGAAGCGAUCGGCGUGUGAGCGUCUCGGAUUGCGAGACCUUCGACUGGCUGGAGAAUCUCAUGAAGGACAAGGCCACGCGCAUGGGCGAGGAGUUCGUGGCAUGGGCGAACCCCUUUACCUCGGAGACGCUGCAGGAUCCCGAGUUCUGCCUGCCCGAGGAUCUCUGGGUUAACACCAGCUGUGAGGAGAUCGAGACACUUCGCACAUCGCAUCAAGACCAGUACCGUGUGGCCUGCAACCGGGAGCUGUUCGCCUCCAGCGAGAUGCGGUACACCGUCAACAUGCCACUGAACGACAAGUGGAUCCAGGCGGAGAACCGACGGGAGGGCUCCAUCUAUAAGCCGGAAUGGAUGCUGGACACCUUGACCAGCUUCUUCUUUACCUGGGACAAGACUGCCGAGGAGACCGAAAAGAUUUUCUCGGAGGGCGCCCCCGCCGGCGGAGAUGUGCAACUCUCCUACGACCCGAUGCUGUGCGCGGCGCAGGAUGCCAAAAUUCCGUGCCCGGUGAAGGUGCUCUACACGGGGAAGACCUUGUACAAGGGAGAGCACUCAGGAUACAACCGGAAGGUGCUGUCAAAGACGGGAGUGUCACUGGAGCAGCUUCCGGCGUCCAGCCCCACCAUUGUGCCCCUGAUCGAGAUCCACAUGGAUGUGGAGAAAACGGUGCAGCUGGUGCAACGAGGUCAGCCCAAGUGGUGGCCCAGCACCGAGCGGACGCUGCGGGAGGUUCUGCAGUGCAAUGAGCAGAGCUACUGGUCGGAGCACCGAGCGGACUGCAGGGCCCUGGGCAUCGAGCAGCUCCCGGUCUUUCCCUUCACCGUGGACCUGGAGGAAGCCAUGGGCGAUGUGACCUCUGCCAGAGACAAGUCCAUGACGCUUCAGCCCGGCACCAUCUACACCAUUGACGUGUCGAUCGCAGUGAUGCCGCAGUACUUGAAGGACAUGUGGGGCUCAGUGUCGGUGGCCACCUUCUUCGUGGAGGUGGAGUCCGUCCGAGUUUACGCCCAGGCCUUAAGCUUCAAGGAGCGCAACGAGGCGCAGCUGCGCCUGAAGUUUCGGCUCUCCGAGAAGGCCAAGGCCAUGAUGAAGCAGCCGGUCAUGCCAUGGACCAACUUCCUGUCUUCAGCUGGUGCCUGGUUCGGCAUCUGGGGCCUCGCCUCGGUGAUUCUGUCGGGCCUAUACAGCUCGCUGAGGAUGUGGGGAGAUCUGGGGCCGCGAGAUGGCGAAGCCACCCUCGAGGAUUUCCAGGCCCAGCACGAGGAAAAGCUCGGGCUGAAGCGGAGGCAGGCAGCGCGCAAGAUCAAGGCCCAGCUGGAGGAGGAGUACAAGGAGUACGGGAUUCGGAUCGGCAUCAAGAAGGUCUACGACCUCUUGGUCCAGCCCUCGAGCACCAAAGGCUUGCGCUCCAAGGUGAUGCUCCGGGAUGUCUUGAAGGACUCCAACCCCUUGUCCGAGCUGCCGGAGCACGUGGCCAGCCUGCUGGGCGAGGUGAGAGUUCACCUUGAUGAGAUGGGACAUCAGGAGAGCUCAGAGCACGAAGAUGACGAGCAGCUCAUGCAGCUGGAGGCCACGGAGAAGCAGAGGAAAGGCGGCGCCUGUCCUUUGCAAUGACCCGGACGAGGAUGGCUUCAACGACGAGGAUCUGAAGGUCGCGUCGUGAGCCCGAAGCAGCCACUGUCCGGUCACCCCGAACAUCAGGGCAGCCUCACGUUAGCAGACCCUGAAUUCUCACUCCCUGAGUUCCUGGACU